CACUGACAGGUCUAUGUUCCACUUCAAAACAUCGUAUUUGUUGUAUUUCUCACAACAUUCAACAUUGGAAUUUGUACCCAUUUAGAGAGUCUAAAAAGUGGCAAAUUAUCUCUCCCAUACUGCAUCAAUUUUUACUCCGAAACUAGGCAAGUCAAAGUUUAGGGACCCAAUUCAUAUAAGAUAUCCGCAGUUUGCAUUCGUCUAGCUUGGUGAAAGUUUUUUGUUAGUUCAAACCGUAUUUCCUCAAAAUGGUUCGCGUAUUUGUUGUUGGUGUAGGAAUGACUAAGUUUGAGAAACCUGGAGUGAGACAAGAUGAUUACCCAGAAUUUGCUAAAGAAGCUAUUGAAAAGGCCCUUUAUGACUCAAAACUCAAUAUAAAAGACAUUGAACUGGCUACAGUUGGAUAUGUAUAUGGCGACUCCACUUGUGGCCAAAGGGCGAUAUAUGAAGUUGGUAUGACUGGAGUACCAAUUUUCAACCUAAAUAAUAAUUGUUCUACAGGAUCAAGUGCCUUAUUGAUUGCUAAACAAUUUGUUGAAUCUGGUAAGGAUUGUGUGUUAGCUUUAGGAUUUGAGAAAAUGGAAAGAGGAAGCCUGACAUCAAAAUUUACUGAUAGAACAAAUCCUAUGGAUAAACAUGUUACUCUGAUGGCUGACCUUGUUGGUCUCAAUGAAGCACCGAUAACAGCUCAAAUGUUUGGCAAUGCUGGAUUAGAACAUAUGAAAAAGUAUGGCACUAAGCCUGAACAUUUUGCUAAAAUUGCUUACAAAAACCAUAAGCAUUCUGUCAAUAAUCCCAAUUCGCAAUUCAGAGAGGAAUAUUCUCUGGAAAAAAUCAUGAAUUCUCCUGUAGUAUUUGGACCUCUGACCAAAUUGCAGUGCUGCCCAACUAGUGACGGUGCUGCUGCUGCUAUUAUAGCUUCUGAAAGAUUUGUCAGGUCUCAUGGACUUGAGAAGCAAGCAGUUGAGAUUCUUGGUAUCGAAAUGGCGACUGAUACACCCUCUACUUUUGCUGAAAGAAGUUUGAUGAAACUUGUUGGCUAUGACAUGACAAAAAAUGCAGCUGAACGUUUAUUCCACAAGACUGGCGUCAAACCCACAGAUGUACAAGUUGUGGAACUUCAUGAUUGCUUCUCAGCAAAUGAGCUCAUAACUUACGAAGCUCUUGGUCUUUGCCCUCCUGGUAAAGCUGGAGAACUCAUCGACAGGGGUGAUAACACCUAUGGCGGAAAAUAUGUAAUUAAUCCAAGUGGUGGCCUCAUCUCAAAAGGCCACCCUCUUGGUGCAACCGGUUUGGCACAGUGUGCUGAACUUUGUUGGCAACUUAGAGGGGAAGCUGGAGCUAGACAAGUACCUGGGGCUAGGCUUGCUCUACAACACAAUAUUGGUCUUGGUGGUGCUGUGGUGGUUGCUCUCUAUGCUAAAGGAUUCCCUUCAUCAAACAAUAAUGUUAAUGUGAGGAAAACUAGCUCUAGUUCAAAUGGUGAAGGUUUCAUUGUAACCCCUUACAUGAAAAUCUUGGAACAAAUCAUGUUGAUUGACCCUGACAACACGGUAGAUAAAUUCAGAGGAGUAUACGGACUGAAGGUUAUAAAGGAAAAUGGGGAAGAAGGAUUUUGGAUUAUAAACACAAAGACUGGAAAGGGAACAAUUGAAUUUAAUUCAAAAGUCAAGCCUGAUGUUACGAUAAUAAUUAAAGAUAAUGAUAUAAUAGAGUUGUUUUCUGGUAAAAUCAAUCCACAGAAAGCGUUCUUUCAAGGCAAGGUGAAGAUUCAAGGGAAUAUAGGUCUGGCCAUGAAACUGACUGAACUGCAGAGAAUUGUAAAACAAAGAAUUGUUAAUAUUACUGCAAAAUUAUAAAUAUUUAAUUACAUGUUUGGGUUAGGUAUACAAAUUACUUAUUGUUAAUUUUUUACUAUGUUUUAAUAUUGAAUGUUAUAUGUUGUGGGUCACAAAUAUAUUUUAUGGAUUUUC